GGGCUGCCUCUGCGCGCCUAUAGGCCGCCCUCUCCGUCCGUCAGCGCGUUGACGCGCGCCGAUUGGGCAGAGGAGGCGGAUCCGCAGGUGUCGUCCGCUCAUAGAGGCGCAGGGCGGAGAGAAGGUGAUCAAUCUCCUCCGUCUGCAUUAGCAAUCACCUUAACACUCUGACAGACAACGACAAGCCCCCUGAAAGCAAAUGAGUUUGAUUUAUUUGGCUGUAAAAACACCCGGAACCGCACCGAGGACGCGGUGACGCCCGUGUGUGUGUGUGCGUGUGCGUGUGUUUGCGUGUGUGUGCUGUUAUUUGCGCCGUUUCUCCGUGAUGCCGCUCGGUUCUGCACACUGUUGUUUGUUUCUGAGUUUCAAGUGUGCGGCUGUUUGAGCUCUGCGCCCUGCACACUUCCUCCUGCUGGAUACUUUUUGUUUUUUUUGGUUUGCUGCUGCUCCGCUUCUCGUGGCCCGGAGAGCUCCGGUGAGGAGAGGGACGGAGGAACAGAAACAAGUGACUUGGAUCGGCCUCCUGUCCCGUCAAGCUGCAGCAUCGGGGGAAACCGAACCACUGGCCUGAGCUGGGUGGAGCAGUGACCGCCUGUAGCAUGAUGUCCUACCUCAAACAGCCCCCCUACGGCGUCAACGGCCUGGGGCUGAGCGGCGCGGCCAUGGACCUGCUGCACCCGUCAGUGGGCUACCCAGGUAACACACACACACCUUUAACACACACACACCUUUAUAACUUUGUACGGUUGCUAACUCCUGGCUGGUGUUCUCGGUUGUAGGUGUGGUUCAAGAACCGGAGGGCCAAGUGUCGCCAGCAGCAGCAGAGCGGCAGCAGUGCCAAAGCCCGGCCGCCCAAGAAGAAGUCCUCUCCGGCCCGGGAGAGCACCGGCUCCGAGAGCAGCGGCCAGUUCACUCCGCCCGCCGUCUCCAGCACGGGCUCGUCCUCGUCUUCGUCCUCCUCCACCAAUCACACGGGCCCGGCGGCGCUCAGCAGCACCUCUACCUCCAUCAGCACCGUCUCCUCCAUCUGGAGCCCCGCUAUCUCCCCUGGAAACGCUCCCGCACCUGCCGUGGCCCCGCUCCCAGAACCCGGACCCCCUUCUAACGCCUCCUGUAUGCAGCGUUCAAUGUCAGGCUCCGCCGCCGCCGCCACCUCCUACCCCAUGUCCUACAACCAGACGCCGGGCUACGGCCAGGGCUACCCGGCCCCGUCCAGCUCUUACUUCAGCGGCGUGGACUGUGGCUCCUACCUGGCCCCCAUGCACUCCCACCACCACCCCCACCAGCUCAGCCCCAUGACGGCCUCCUCCAUGUCAGGCCACCCGCACCACCACAUCAGCCAGUCGUCAGGCCACCACCACCAUCACCACCACCACCAGGCCUACGGCGGCUCCGGCCUGGCCUUCAACUCCUCCGACUGCCUGGAUUACAAAGAGCAGACUGCAGCCUCCUCGUGGAAGCUCAACUUUAACACCACGGACUGCUUGGACUACAAAGACCAGGCCUCCUGGAGGUUCCAAGUCUUGUGAUCGGGCUUUUCCUCCUUCCUCCCUCCCUGCUCGUCUGCUCCCUUCUUCUUUUUUAAUUUUUAUUUUCCAGCAUUAGCACACUGCUUUUUAAAAAAGACAAAAAGAGUUUAUGAACCGUAAGACAAGCAGCAGAUUGGACUUUCCUCCCUCUCGUCCUCAAAACAAAAAAAGAAACUCCAGGAGCAUUUUUUAAAGACGCCCUCGCCUCCGUCUUGGAUGAUCUUAAACUGUUAAACACAAACAAAUCAUUUCAACCAAACUCCUUCGACCACCAGCUCUCUCUCUGGAUGAUGGAGGAAUAUUUACCCCGACAGGAACUGCCCCACACACCUUUCUCUCUCUCUCUUUACCUCCAAUCAAACCCUGUAAAGUUAUUUUAGGACGACAGAGAUUUUUAGUCAGCGACGUCGAGGAGCUGAAAUAUGUAAAUAUGUAUUUGGGUCAGUUACAGUGACCAUGUUUAGUUGGUGUUUUUAAUUUUUAAUUUUUUUUUUUUUGAAAUUUUGAA